AUGGGGGAUGCGGUUCUCGGCUACGUCGUACAACGGGUCGGCGACCUCCUCGUCGAUGAAGCGGUCUUCCUGUACGCAGUGAAAGAUCAGGUGGAGUGGGUCAAGGACGAGCUCCGAGUGAUGGAGUGCUUCCUAAAGGACGCUGAUGCGAAGAGCAAGGGGGACGAAAGGGUGAAGAGCUGGGUGAGGUAUGUGAGGGAAAUCGCUUAUCGGGCGGAGGACCUCGUCGAAUCCUUCGUCCUCCAUGCCGAACGGAGACGACGACAGAGAAAGGACUUCAUCCAGACCGUUGUGUGUUGCCGCCUUCCAUCCCCCAACGGCUUCAUCGUACUCCACCGAUUCGGUAACGAGAUCGAGGCCAUAAGGGCCAAAAUCCGUGACAUCAGUGAGCGAAGAAGCACCUACGGAAUCAAGGACCUGAGCGAAGAGCCAGAGAGGCAGAUCAACAAGACAGUGCAGGAACGAAGGCGGGUCGUUCUCCAUGCCGCAGAUGCUGAUCUGGUCGGAAUGGACGAGGAGAAGAACAAACUCCUGGGACAUCUGUUGGACGGGAGCAGGAAGAAGCGGUCGGUGAUCUCGAUUGUGGGGAUGGGCGGUCUCGGGAAGACCACUCUUGCUAAGAGAGUCUUCAACAAGGCAAGAGCCAAUUUCGGUCACUCAGUGUGGAUCGAUGUCUCCCAGCAGUACUCCGCUGUGGAUCCCCUUCGAGACAUUCUUCUGCAGGUCACGAAGCUUGGAGAAGAGGAACUCCAGAAAAUGACGAGGCCCAGGCAAGAGAAGAUGCUUUACCAAACCUUGGAGGCGGAGAACUACUUGAUUGUCAUCGAUGACGUGCGGGACAAGGAGGUCUGGAGAAUCCUCAGGCCGCAUCUCCCAGACGCCGAGAACGGAAGCCGGGUGCUCAUCACCACCCGGUCCCUCGACGUUGCCAGAUCUGCGGACUCAUCUACCCCUCCCCUUGAGUUGCGCCUACUUAGCGAGGAGGAGAGCUGGGAGCUCCUCUCCAAGAAGGCGUUCUCGAAUCAGGAGGAUAUCGAAGGAAUCUGUUCAGAACCGUUAAGGAAAGUCGAGAAAGAAAUCGCGAGGAAAUGCGGGGGCCUGCCUCUGGCGCUGGUGGUGCUCGGCGGUCUGCUGUCCACGAAAGGUCCGUCACUUCGGUCUGCGGGGGCCUGCCUCGGAGACACUUGUCUGGGAAACUAUCGAGGAAGGCCGAGUGUGCUUGGAUAUACUGGCGCUGAGCUACAACGACUUGCCCCGUCACCUAAAGUGCUGUUUUCUUUAUUUCAGUUCUCUUCCAGAAGACUUCGAGAUUGA